GUCAUGAAUAAUGUCAGAAGUGCAGUGUCCUGACCUCGGCAUGAUUGCACGGCAGAACUGUCCAGACCAGGGAUGUUUCCGAGGUUUCUCUCCAGCAUCAUCUCCUGGCGCUCUGUGGCGAUCUUGGCAUUCAUCGCAUGUUUGUCACAGGUAACCAACCUCAUCCUAACAUGGCAGCUACGACAGCGACACCAGGCAGCAGCAGAUCUUGCAGUGGGUGGAGGAGUGAGUGGGUUUGGAAUGAGGUCUGCUGUCAAGAGUCAUCACAUGCUAUCUAGGAGGCGUGACCACCAUCUAGGGCAGAAGCUUUCAGAUGAGCAUGAGGCCAUCCUCUCACGCAUCGCCCACUGGAGUGUGCUGGAUGGUUCGGGGGAGUACAGGGUGUCACUGGGUGUCCUCAGGGGGUCUGCACUUGAAGCUGGACCUGGGGGAGAAGGAGGGCUAGAGGGGAGGGAAGACUCUGCUUCAUUGGAUGGCCAGGGACUCACCCUCGUCACCCAGUGCUCACUUGCCAGGCUCAACCGUCUGCCAGAGCUUGUGCGUCAUUGGCAGGGACCAAUCUCAGUGGCAGUAUUUGCACUGAGUGGGGAGGUACAGGCAGUCGUGCAAGUGUUCCACCUCCUUCGAAGGUGCCAUGCAAACAUCAAGGAGAACGUAACAUUCAGCCUCAUUUUCCCCCUGAACUCUCCCACAUCCCCUCAUCUGGCACCAACAGCUGAUACAACCCCAUGCAAUAAUAUCUUCUCUGAGCUGGAACAUGUGAACUAUAACUUCAAGGGCAUCCAGUACCCAAACAACCUACUGAGGAAUGUGGCAAGAAAGGCCUCAUCGACAAACUUCAUGAUGGUCAUUGAUAUCGACAUGACACCAAGUCCAAGUCUUCACAGGGCCUUCACUGCGUAUGCAAAAGACAGUCACCUGUUUGAAGAAAAUGCAAGCGAAGAGAAAACAGUAUGGGUGGUACCAGCAUAUGAGCUGAAGGAAGGCACUCCAAUACCCAGUUCCAAACUGGAAUUGCUAAAACGGCGGGAAGAGGGAAGCGCUCGUAUUUUCUACCAGGAGUUGUGCCUGAAGUGUCAAAAAUACACUGAUUAUGCCACAUGGGAGAAAAGCACAGACAUAAAGGAGGGUCAAGUUAAUGCCCUCUAUGAUGUGCUGUGGCAGGACCCCUGGGAACCCUUCUAUAUAGGUCGGACAAAUGUGCCAUUCUAUGAUGAACGGUUCAGACAGUAUGGCUUUAAUCGCAUCAGUCAGGUGUGUGAACUGCAUGUGGCUGGGUAUCGCUUUGUGGUGCUGGACUCUGCGUUUGUCGUACACGAAGGUUUCAAGACUUCGAGCGGCUUUCACAGUUCAAAGGACAUGGAGCAAGAAAAGAACCGCAUCCUCUUCAGACAGUUCAAAGGAGAGCUGAAGGAAAAAUAUCCAGAGUCCUCCAGAAGAUGUUAUUAGCACAGCAGUGUUACAAGACAUUGUAUAUUGGCAUUAGCAAACUUUGGGUCUGUGUGGUGUUGGGAGCCUUUGAAGGUCAUUCUUACAAACCAAAGAGCAUCUCUGUGUACUCCUUUACACUUGUGUAAUCUGUGGUUGUUUUUGGAAAUUGUCUUCAUGGGAAGGAUGGAAUAUGUAAGUAUAUUUUUGGUGGUAAAAAAUGUAUAGUGAAAAAAAGAAAAAGAAAAAAAAAGAGAAAGAAGCAAGUACAUUAUAAACAAAAAGACAAAGUAAGCAUGUAUUGUAUAAAUUACCUAAGGUGCUGCGACAGUGUUUUCUGCAUGUAAAAAAGACUGAAUAAGUCAGUUAUGACAUGCUUAGUGUAAGACAAGAAGAAUUAUAAGAGUACUGAAUAGCUCUACCUGAAUCUUGUAACUGAUCUGAAUAUUUGGUUCAGAGAACAAAUUAAAGGGAGAGUAUAUGAUGUUUUCUUUUUUCUUUAAGGUAAAUGCAAAGACUCAAAAAAAAGAAAGAAAGAAAAGAAAAAAAAAAAACACAAAUUCUGUUGUACAGAUAACUGUGAGUCAUGUGAAGCUAGUUUUUUAGGCUUAAUUUGAACUGUGAGUCAUGUUUUAUGAUAUACAUAUUUAUCAUGAAUGGAGUUUCAUCUGCAUCCUAUGCACAGAGAGAGCCCAGCAGAUGUUAACUGAGAAUGUUUGUUAGAAACCAAAUUGUCUGUGUCCUGAGUUAUGUAGCUUUCUUUUGUGGAAGUGCAGGGAAAGACAGUUGUUUUAGAACUUUUUUUCUUUUUGGCUAAUUUUCGUUCAUAAAACAAAUGAUAUGAGGGUAUAUUGACUAUCUUGAGAUAAUUAGUGUUAGGUAAGUUUCAAAGUUUGUCUUUAAGAAAUUGUAAAUAAUUUUGAUAAUACUCAUUUUACGGUGUAUAUUCAUAUACUGAAGAGAAAUUUGUGCUCUAUGUUAAGUACUUGAUUAUGUGCAGGUGUCAAGUAAGACGGCAUUUGUGAGUAUAGUAUUUUUGAGUCAAUGUAAGGCACUAUCUUAAGUCUAUCAAAAAAAAAAAGAAAGAAAAAAAAAGAUAACCAAAAUAAGGUUUAUGGUUUCAUUUUUAGUCUUGGUCAUUAUAUAUUUUUAAUGAAACAUCUUGGUCUCUGUUUGUAACCUAGUGCUGCCAGGAUACACGCUAUACCCAUUGUGAGGUAUGUUUAUUAAAUGCCUUUACACUUUGAUGGCUCCACAAGUACUAAGUUACCAAGGAUUCAUUUACUAAUACUAUCUAUCUCGCCUGUUUGCCUUUUUCCUUGAUAUUAAGAAAUAUUCUUAGUUAUCUUAUAUUGCUAUUAAUAAUGUUAAUAAUAUAAUGUUUAUGGUGUCUAUAAUAAUAUCUACAUCGAUAUUGUUGCAAUUAGUAAGAAAAAAAAAAAAAAGGUGAAAGCAGGUGAGCCCAUAAAGUCUAUUAAUUGAUUCUUUGGUGGCUAAGGAUUUAUGGAUCCAUCUAAAUGUAGUGUUCACUAAAGGGAAUACUACAUUUUCUCGUCAGCAUUGGGUUAAUACUGACAAUACAGUGAUUUUAACAUUAUCAUGAAGCAUUGUUGUCCUUAAUAAUUCUUUGAAUUCUCAUCUUGAAAUGUUUGAUAAUUUGAGAAAUAAAAGAAACAAAAACUGAA